AUGGAGAUCGACAAGAAAGCACCCGUGGACGAUACCAUCAACGAGAAAGAUGUGCAAAUUGGCACCAUAACGGAUCUCGAUGACGGAGAGGUCUUCCUCCGCCAACACGGCUUCAAUCACGAGGCCAUCCAAUCACUCCUGGAUGAUGAGCCACGCAACAAGGCUUUGGUUCGCAAAGUGGAUCUUGUUUUAUUGCCUUUACUUGCCGGGACAUAUAUGCUGCAGUAUAUCGACAAAUCAGCACUCGCCUACUCUGCGGUAUUCGACCUUCUCCCUUCGACACAUAUGACAAGCGACCAAUACAGCUGGCUCGCCAGUAUCUUUUAUUUCGGAUAUCUCGUCGCUGAAUACCCAUGGAAUAUCCUCGCACAGAAAACAAAGCUUGCCAAAGUCGUUUCGGGCAACGUUAUUGCCUGGGGAUCAAUGCUCCUGAUCACUGCCGCCUGCUCCUCCUUCACCGGGAUGGCUAUCUGCCGCUUUCUUCUGGGAGUCUUCGAAGCCUUCAUCACCCCAUGCUUCAUGACGAUGAUCGGAAUGUGGUACACACGUGCUCAGCAACCUUUCCGUGCCGGUGUCUUCUACAGCUGCAACGGAAUAGGGGCAAUGGUGGGUGGUGUUCUCACUUAUGGAAUUGGACAAAUCCACACCAUUGCCGUAUGGAGAGCUAUCUAUCUCAUUCUAGGCGGCCUUACCGUUGUCUGGGGAGUUUUGAUGCUUCUCUUCCUCCCGGAUGACGUUGUCUCAUCGAAGCGUUUCACCCUGGACGAAAAAGCUCUCCUCAUUGGCCGCGCUCGACUCGGUCAGACUGGUAUCAUCAAUCACCAAAUCAAGUGGUAUCAGAUCCGCGAGGCUUUGAUAGAUCCGCAAGUUUGGAUCCUGUUCUUCUUCAUUCUUCUGAACGAGGUCGUAAACGGUGGGAUUGCGAGCUUCGGGAAACUAAUUAUCAAGGGGUUGACCACUGACUCGGCCACUGCUGUCGCUUUGGGUAUUCCUUUUGGGGCAUUCCAGACCUUCUGGAUCCUAUCAGGAACAGCUCUCGCAUCUCGAAUCAAAAACUUCCGGACUGCUGUCAUGUUCCUUUAUUUGAUACCGACUGUGAUUGGCGCCAGUCUUCUAUGGAAGUUGGACCAUAAGACGCACAAGAUCGGGGUGUUGUUUGGUUAUUACAUCAUUGGCUCCUACGUCUGCUCUGUGGUACUGGCUUUGCAAAUGCCGGCGACGAACCUGGGUGGUUAUACAAAACGUACAACUAGUCUUGCCUUGGUGUUUCUGGCGUACUGUGCCGGCAAUAUAAUUGGACCUCACGCGUUUCUGGCAAAGGAAGCGCCCGUAUAUCAGACUGGAGUCAAGCUCGUCCUGGCAUGCUCGUCUGGACAAGCAGUCUUGGCUGUUUUGCUGCGUUUCGUGCUGGCUCGCAGAAACAAGCGGCGAGAUGCCGCGGCUGCUGCUGUAGGCCAGGUGGAAAUAUCUACUGACCAGAGCGCUGGGGCAGAUCUAACCGAUUUUGAGAACCCCAACUUCCGAUACGUCCUUUGA